AUGUCCGAGGCGACAUGGUCUGGCGAAGCGGAAGAUCGCUCCAAGUCUUCUUCGCCUGCUAGAAGACGGAGAUCCGUCAUGGCGUGCAGAGAGUGUAGGAUGCGCAAAGUGAGGGAGGAGAGCAAAGCGGUUCGGCAGAAGAGGCGAAAACGGGCGUGGACGAUGGGUCAGGGAGAAGAACGCGACUACCAACAGGGCUCUUUCCCUUCUUCUUCGAGAGCCGGCAGAGUCGAGCACAUGAUACCGUCAACGAGCAGCAUACUUAGUCCAACUCAACACCUUCCGCAUAUCAGACACGCACCUCACAGCAGCUGGCCUGGUGUUGAACAUCUGAGUCGUCCAUCGUACUCGUCCUCGCCUUCUUCCUGGUCCCUUCCGACGCAAUCGUCGGUGCCCCGACCAAACGAGGCGAUGAGACCAUUAGACACGAGAUCCGAACCCAGUGUCGAGUGUGAGAUGCCCAUCAUCACGGUCAUCUGUGAUGGGGACAUGCGAUGCCACUUGGUGAGCGAAGAGUGUCGUACCCUUCUCGGUUUUGUACCAGAAGCUAUUACGUCUCUCUAUGACAUUGUUCAUGCUGGCGAGUCGUCUGUUCUGGCCCGCAUCUGUCUCGACCUCCUCCCUCCGUCGACACCCAUGAGCCCGUCAUCGGCAGGACCGAUGUCUAGGAGCAGAGGUUCGAGGCAACAUCCGCUGAUGCUUCUCCAACCCGUGCCUCAUACGUCCUUUCCACGAGCCAUUAACGUCCGUCUCCGGCUACGAAACGGCACGUACGACUACUACUCCGUCCAGGCUCACUUGGGCGGAGGAGGUGCGCUUUUCAGCCAAGUACAGCACCAGCAAACUGCACCGCAGGACCACAUCAUCAUCGUCAGCCUACUCAAGCAGGGUCAGGCCACACAAUUCGAUCACGUCUUCCCGCAAGCGCUUAUGCAAAUUGGCAAGCUUCCUCCUCCCACUCUCGAGCACCUCCUGCAUCGAUUCGACGGCGGACGGUUUACCACGACGUCCGUCUUCGCAUUUGUCCAGGGUGUGACUGCGUCGACCACUCCUCCCAUCCAAACACACAAACUUGUACAACAUUAA